AUGGCAGCAGCAGCAGCGUCUCGGACCCGCGCUGGCGAAAGAGACGGAAAGGCGAGGCGCCGUUCCUUGAUCCCCUUGCACGCGAGAGCAGCCCACCGACUGCACUUGCGCCUCGCCCCCAAGGCUCAACACCGCCCACCGCCCAUCAUGGGCGUCUCCUCACCCGCCGCCCUGAGCCCGCGGCCCAAUCCGCCCGGUGCGCGCCUCGCCAUGCCCGAGCGCGCCAAAGCCCUCUCGGGCCUCUCACGCGCCAAAACCCUCUCGGGCCUCUCGCGCGUCGCCAACCCCCCCGCCGGCGGCGACACCGACAUGGCCGAGCAGAUGAACGACGCCGUGCGCUCGCAGUUCGUCUCGGGCGCGCGUCUGGGCGAGGGGACCUACGCCAUAGUCUACGCCGGCCACUACCGCCACCACCCCUCCAAGCUGGUCGCCAUCAAGAAGAUCAAGCUCAACGCCGACUUCAAAGACGGCAUCGCCAUGGACGCCAUCCGCGAGAUCAAGUACCUCUCCGAGCUCGCCCACCCCAACAUCAUCAAGCUGCACGCCGUCUUCAGCACAAAGGACCAGAACCUGUCGCUCGUCCUCGAGCACCUGCCCCUCGGCGACCUCGAGGGCCUGUGGAAGAACAAGACCAUCACCUACACCUCGGCCGACAUCAAAGCCUGGAGCAACAUGCUCUGCCAGGCCAUCUGGUUCUGCCACGCCAACCACAUCCUGCACCGCGACAUCAAGGGGAACAACCUGCUCAUCGCCGCCGACAACACCGUCAAGCUGGCCGAUUUCGGUCUCGCCCGCUCCUUCGCUGACCCCGGCAAGAACAUGACCUCCAACGUCAUCACCCGCUUCUACAGGCCCCCCGAGCUGCUGUACGGCUGCCACCACUACGCCGGCAACGUCGACAUGUGGAGUGUUGGCUGCGUCAUUGCCGAGCUCGCGCUGCGCCAGUUCUUCCUGCCCAGCGAGACUGACCUCCAGCAGCUGUCUGUCAUUGUCGACCUCUUCGGCACCCCGACCGAGGAGAGCUGGCCUGGCGUCUCCUCGCUCCGCUACUACCAACCGCCGCCGAACCGCGCUGCCGUCAAGCUCCCUCAGCCGCUGAGCUGGUGGCGAGGCCGCCUGCCCCUGCUGGGCGACGACGGCAUCGACAUGGUGCGUGGCAUGCUGGCCAUGGAUCCGCAGAAACGCUUGACCGCCGAACAAGCCCUGAAGCACCGCUACUGGACGUCUGCACCGCGCCCUACCAAGAAGGAGAACCUGCCCAACGAGGGCGGGGGCAUGAAGAAGGAGGGCGAAGACCUGAAGCGCAAGGGAGGCGAGACCCCAGCAGGCGCCAGCCGAGGCGAUAAAGUCGCGCGAAAGCUUGACUUUGGCGGCAUGUGA